AUGCUUCAUGAAGUAGAUCCGGAAAAGCCCACUCAAAAACGGCGAGUUUCUUGCCUGUCGCGGUGUGCAUUGGCCUGGCUGCCUCAUGUCUUUCUCCUUGCGAUCUACACGGCGGUCUUCUUGACGUGGCCCAUGUUUCGUCCUACGUAUAGUCCAGGAGUGGUUGAGCGAACAAAUACCCCCUGGACAGCUCGAUUUGACGGCACAUUCCUUGAGCUGGGCGACUUUUUCAAUCUGUCGGAGACCAGGGAGCCCAGUGCUGGAGCCGUGGCAGCUAUGAAUACAGUUCAACAAUAUGGGCUUCACGAUAUCCCCUUGGAGGAAGCGAACUUUGUGCGAGUGUCAACUGCGCACGUCGAAAGCACUGACCCGGGAGAUCCGCGGGUUCUCUCGAAACUCCAUCGGCUUCAUUGCUUGCACGUCCUCUGGAGAAGAUGGCAUAACCAAAUGACGGCAGAAGAAUCGGUUACUACGAUUGUGACCGAGCCACAUGACAAUCACUGCUUUGCAAUUCUUCGCUACGGGCUCAUGUGCGAAGGGGAUAUCCAGUUGAAGCAGGUUGGGUGGCCGGCGACGGAGCACAUGCGUGCCGGAUAUAUAGACGUCGAUCGGUACUGCUCUGAUCCAGAGAAAGAUGGGAUCGAGAGAGAGGUUACAGGGAGCUGA